AUGGCAACUUCUUGUACUGUUGUUGGCGCUCUCAUCAUUACCAUUAUGUUUGCGGCAGCAUUUACCAAUCCUGGUGGUAACAACCAAGAAACAGGCUUGCCAAUUCUCAUGCAUGACAAACUAUUCAAACUCUUUAUAGUAACUGGUUCUAUAUCAUUAUUUUCUUCCUCGACUUCAGUAUUGAUGUUUUUAGGAAUUCUUACAUCGCGUUAUGCAGAAGAAGACUUUCUUAGAUCCUUGCCCAGAAAGAUGAUUAUAGGCCUUUUUGCUCUCUUCUUCUCUAUUGCAACCAUGAUGAUAGCCUUUUCUGCUGCUCUUUUACUUAUGUUUCGUGGAAAAUAUAGGAUCGUCAUUCCUAUCAUUAGUUUGGCUGGUGUUCCCAUUAUUCUAUUUGUAUUGGUACAAUUUCGCCUUCUUGUUGACAUGCUUGUUUCAACCUAUGGAUCAGGCAUCUUUGAUAGAAAAAUGAAACCUUGGUUUUAA